AUGUCAGGUCCUCCCACAGGAAGUCCCAGCGAAGCGCCAGAACCCGCGCCUCGCCCAACACCGCCCUCACCACCCGUCGACUCUCGUUCUCGGCGGUGGAUUGUUCUCUCGUUCUGGGCUGUUGUGCUGCUGGGACUGCCGCUGUGGUGGAAGACGACGACUCUCGAACGGAGAUCGCUGCCGAAUAGCCGGGUGCAACACUGGGCGGAGAAUUGGCAGGAGCGGAUACCUCGGAGAGACGACUUGCGGGACGGUACAGAUUCGCGCGUCGUGCGGUUCUCCCCGAACUACAAGGUCGUCCUCAGCCUGUUGAACCAGGAUGCGAGCCAAGGCGGUGCGGUCUUGACGUGGGAACACCUUCGUCCGCUCCUCAAGACUCUGGCGCCUCUGCACAACUUCACCUUCGAGACCCAGAUCCAGUACUUCUCUCCUCUCGCUAUUGAGCUUCACCGAGAUGAGGGUGCGGGUACGCUGGUGGAAGAGAACGACCUGCGGGCAUUUGUGAACAACGCCGACUGGAACCUUGCGACGGGCGAUACACUCGAUCCCGUCAUCCAUCUCAUGCUCUACGUUCCAAGCGCCGAGAACCGGCCUAUGCGCAUUCGAGCAGGAGACGAGAUCAAACCCACCUCUGCCUUCAUCAUGCCGCAACGAGGCGGCGUAGUCAUCCUCAACCCGCUCUCUUCUUCCCCCGAAUCUCCGCCCUCAGUCCCCCUCGACGUCCCUUCUUCAGCUUUUGCCGCUCCGUUCCGCCUUUUCGAGCAACAGCUCCGCGUCCUUCUGGGCCUCGAGACCUCACGAUCAGGUGGAGGAGGGCAGGCGCAGGUCGACAGGCUCAUUCACCGGCGAACGAGGGAGGCUGUGGAGGAUUGCGUUGAGACGCUUCAAGCGACUGUCAAGAUGGCACGGGAUAUCCCCAACAUGCGCAUCAGCAAGGAGGUGCAGGAGCGGAUAAAGCGAGCGCUGGACGAGCUGGACAAGGCAUCCUCCGCUGUGGCCCCAGUCGACGCCCUCCGUCACGCCGCCCUCGCCCAAACCCUCGCUUCGCGAGCCUAUUUCGACCCCUCGAUGGUCGCCCUCCUCUACUUUCCCGACGAGCACAAGUACGCCAUCUACACGCCGCUCUUCGGGCCGGUGGCCGUGCCUUUGCUGGUUGGGUUGUUGCGGGAGUUCAAAGAAUGGAAGAAGGCGAGGAAGGAGAGGAUGGCGGGCGGGAAGCGGGCAGAGAGCCGCGACGGAGACGCGGAGGGUAGGGACAAGGUGGACUAG